AUGUAUCAACUCCAGCACCAGAACCAGGACCAAGUCCGCUUCCGUCAAGACCUGUCACAGCCGCCCCCGGUCCACCAAAACUACCAUGGCGCCCAACACCAGCGCCAGCCGCCAGCUCCUUCUUUCGCUUCUCACAAUCUCUCGUCUCCUCCUCUUCCUCCUCACCAGCAAAAUCUCUCUCCCACCAGCGCGGUAGAUAAUCUGCCCACCUCGCCGUCGUCUACGUCCGCUGCAGUCACACCUCUACCUUCGUUGUCGCAGCAACAUCCAAAUCAGCAAUCCGACGCUUAUACUGCUGCUAACCGGCCCACAAUCCAUCACCAGCCGCAGCCGCAGCCGCAGUCGCAGCCCCAGCCGCCGCAGUCUUCGUCCCACCACCACUCCAAAUCCCGAUCUUUCAGUUUUCACUCGGAUAAGAAGAGCCAUAGCAGAAAGUCCUCUGUCAAAUCCUCCGACGAGCGCAAGACUCCCACCGAGCACCAUCACCACGACAAGGGCCUGCACAGCAAAGCCGAUCCCACUCUAGCCAUGAGCGAGGCUGAACCUUCCGUCAUAGCCACCAUGAGUGGCGAGUCAUCGCUCGGCUCGCUCCGUGGUAUCCAGCACAAGGAUGCCUACGGAAACCCCAUCGCCGACCCUGACCUGUCCAACCCUACACGCAACCGAUGGGAGCGUCCUCUCGACACGAUCCGCAGCUUCGAGGCCGCCAUUGACGGUGGUUACACUCGCAGGGCCUCCAUGAUGCGUACCGCUCAUCCUCUGACCCCAUCGCGGACAACAGCCUCCGGAACCUUCAACGGCAACUCGAACCGCCGCAGCUCUCACACUCCAAGCCAGACCAAGUUCCGCCCUGGCAGCUACCAGAACGGCAACGGGAACGGAAACCGGCCCAUCUCCUUCCGACCCGAGCAGACGCAGUUCACCCUGGCCACAUCUGCUGGGCCUUCGCGCAGCAGUAUAUACGGUUACGAGAGCCACCGGAGCUACGACGAGCAUGCCAACAUCUACGGUCCCACCGACGGCCGCCCGCGCCAGUCUAGGAUGAUGUCGGAGCCCUACUACGCCAUGAGCGCGAGGGAGCAGCAGGAGGUCUACCGCCUGUCCGACAAGGACCGCUCCUACGAGACCGUCACCUCGGCCGAGGGCAGCCGAAACUCGGACCAGGUCGGCUACCAGACCGACCCCACCAGCAGCGAUAACAGCUCCAUCGAACGUCGCCGCUCCCCCGGCAGGCGUCUCCAGCAGCCGCCCGUCAAGGACUACGGCGUCUCCAUGCCCCCGACACAGCCCGGCAUGGCGUACGCCGGGCAGUCCCAGCCUCCCCGGCCCCCGGCCAACGGAGCCAACGGUGUCGCCCCCCAGGCCAGUGCCGCUCCGCCCAAGGACGCUCCCUCGGUCCUCAGGCGCUCUUCCAAGUCCGCCCAGGCUGCGCCCCAGCAGGAGUCGCAGCCUGCCAAGACGGCUGCCAAGACACCCGUUUCGGAAAAGAAGAAGAGCUGGCUGUCUAGGCGGUUCAGCAAGAACUCAUAA